CUCUCUCUCUCUCCCUCUCUCUCCCUCUCUCUCCCUCGCUCGUUGUAAUUCAUUCAUUUCAGAGAAUUUUCCACCUUUGGAUUUGAGCUUCGAUUCGAUGGGAAGAGGACACGGUGGGGAUUUUUAGGGGGUUUACAGGGUCUGGAAUAGCAGAAUAGAAGGGGGUAUUUGUAAUUUCUCGUGAGUGGAUUUUUGGCGCUCUGUUGAAGAAGGAGAAGGUGAGUGCAAUGGACGUGGAAAGUUUGGGUUUUUCGGAGGAAGAUCGGAAGCAAUGCUCGAUUUGCUUGGAAUGCGUGGUUGAUGGAGGGGAGAGAUCGAUCGCGAAGCUCCAAUGCGGGCAUGAAUUCCAUUUAGAUUGUAUUGGUUCUGCAUUUAAUGCAAAGGGAGCAAUGCAGUGCCCAAACUGUCGGAAAGUUGAAAAAGGCCAAUGGCUGUAUGCGAAUGGAUGCCGCUCUUUUGCUGAACAUAAUGUUGAAGAGUUGGUGAAUGAAGACCUCUAUGAUCUGAGCUAUUCUGAGCUGCCACUUGGACUUCCAUGGUGUCCUGUCCGUGGAUUUAUGCAACUAGCAUCAUGGUUUGAGGAAGGCGAACCCCAGCUAAAUACCUAUCCUGAUCUUCUAGGAAGCACAGUAUUCGGGGACCAUCCAAAUGCUCCAAGUGGGACACAUGUGUGCCCAUAUCUUGCUCUCCACGGGUUUCCUCAUGCUAUACAUCACAUGCCUUCAAAUUCUGCUGAUGCCGUCCCCGAUUCCACCUCAUUUCAUCGGCAUCCAACUGGAUCAGGUGGAUCAUCAUCAAGCAAUGUGUUGAAUUCUCAUGGUUUUUCUGCAUCAGAACCACGUCACCACAAUUGGCAGCAGGCUUCUGUUCCUUUUCCAGUGUCUGGUGGUUCAGUAAACAACACAGAGCAGCCUGCAUCGCAAUUGGGUGCAAGGUUAUCAAGGAAUGACUCAAGUGGUCCGCAGAGAACAGGAUCAUACGUUCAGCCCCUUCCUUUUAUUCAUGGGACUGUUGCACGUGCCACAAGCAAUUUGGCAGCCUCACUACUACCACCCCUUGUAGGGGAUGCUAGAAAUCAAGCCCGUGGGCAUGUUGGUCAUAUAUACCAGCAUUCUGCAUCCUCUUCUCUUCGAAGUGGCCCAUUUACUCCGAACAGGAGAACAAGGCAGAGGGGUUUGACGGUUAUUUCCUCUGCCGGAACGAAUUCCUCAGCUGACAAUGGUGGCCUCUAUGGGUUCUCCUUUUCUGGGUCUAUGAAUAGGAACCCACAAGAGAGUGAUGGUAUCGGACGGCAUUUUGAUCGGUUUUAUGGGUGGGUCAGAGAAGGCAUUGCAUCCCUCCCAUGGGUCCCAGCUGAAGGCGAGUCUCAUCAGUGGUGGGGCCCUUUUCAUCCCAACCACAAUCCUCAAACAGGAAGUGUAGAUUCGAUGAGCAGGAGCUAUUUCCAUCAGAGGGCUACGUCAGCCGAGAGAGCUGUCCAAGGCCGGCCAGAUAAUAAUUAUCAACGGGUUCCUCACCCCAGGAUGACACAUUUCAUGUGAAGGGUGCUACUGCUACAUUAUGGGCCACCUUUAUGAUAUGUGGAGACCUCUGCAAGUUGUUGUAAAUUCCCAUGGUGGUGGUUUAAGGACUGCUUGUUUGGACAAUUGGACGGUAUCUGUCUACAUUUAUCUUGUAUGAGAUUUGAUAUUCUGGGAGUUUGGUGGUGAUGUUGUGAUGAUAUUAAGGCCCUUGGAGGGUCCUAAUCCUCGUGGGCAAACAUGAAUUUAUGGCAGUCAGCUUAUUGUCUAACAUUGCAGAUUGUGGAAGAGACUACAUCUGAGUAUUGAUUUUCUUCUA